GUUGGGCGGUGUUGCAGAGAUGUCCCUCCCCGCUGUCCGCUGCUGAACACGGAACUCAACUCGCUGCUGCAUCUCUGAGGGGGACGAGGUUUAACCCUAACGAGAAGACUUGAACAUACCUGGACUAACGGGUGGUGUAGUCGCCUUCAAUCAUGUUCCGCUUGCGGGCUCUGUCUGCAGUCUCAGUGGGACUGACCCAGCUGUCCCGCCGCUGCUAUCACAGCGGGGCGGCCAGCACGUCUGGCCGGAGGAGGCUGAUGCUGGCCGCCCUGGCUGGUGUAACUGGUGCGUCUGCGAGUGCUGGACUUCUCUGGAACAGAGCAUAUGCUGAUGCAGGACCUUCUGUUCAACACUCUGAGCGAGUGGCUGGAGAGGAAGCCGAUUUCGUGAGGGACGCAGACUCGGAGAAAUCGGUGGAGUCCAGCAGCGGAGACGAGGGAGACGAAGAGGGGAAGAAGAAGAAACCCCGCUCAGGAUUCCGUGACCGCAAGGUGAUGGAGUAUGAGAACAGAAUCAGGGCGUACUCGACUCCAGACAAGAUUUUCCGCUAUUUUGCCACUCUGAAGGUCAUCAACGAGCACGGGGAUGCCGAGGUCUACAUGACCCCCCAGGACUUCAUCCGCUCCAUCACACCCAAUGAGAAGCAGCCUGAGAAUCUCGGCCUGGAUCAGUUCAUUGUGAAACGCUAUGAUGGGAAGGACUUCUGGCAGACGGAGAAAAUUGCCCAGGAGAGAGAGAAGUUUGCAGAUGAGGACAGCAUAUUUUACACAUUAGGAGAAUGUGGCCUUAUCUCCUUCUCUGACUACAUUUUUCUCACUACAGUGCUGUCCACUCCCCAGAGAAACUUUGAGAUUGCUUUCAAGAUGUUUGACCUGAACGGCGAUGGAGAAGUGGACCUGGAGGAGUUUGAACAGGUCCAGAGCAUCAUUCGAUCCCAGACCAGCAUGGGCAUGCGGCACCGUGACCGCUCCACCACAGGAAACACUCUAAAGACGGCCGGCUGCAGCUCUGCUCUCACCACUUAUUUCUUUGGAGAGGACCUGAAGGGGAAGCUCACUAUUGGCAGCUUCCUGGAGUUUCAGAGGAAACUGCAACACGAUGUGCUCAAACUAGAGUUUGAGAGGAACGACCCGAUGGACGGCAGGAUCACGGAGAGGCAGUUUGGAGGGAUGCUGCUGGCGUACAGCGGCGUCCAGUCACGGAAACUCAAGCAGAUGCAGAAGGGCUUGAAGAAGAUGUUUAAGGAUGCACAGGGAAUCACUUUUGAGGAGGUGGAGAAUUUCUUUACCUUUCUAAAGAACGUGAACGAUGUGGACACAGCACUUAGUUUCUACCACAUGGCUGGAGCUUCAAUAGAUAAAGUUACCAUGAAGCAGGUGGCCCGCACCGUUGCCAAGGUGGAGCUGUCGGAUCACGUGUGCGACGUCGUGUUUGCUCUCUUCGACUGCGACGGGAACGGGGAGCUUAGCAACAAGGAGUUCAUCGCCAUCAUGAAGCAGCGGCUGAUGCGUGGGUUGGAGAAACCCAAAGACAUGGGCUUCACCCGGCUGGUGCGCGCCAUGUGGAAGUGCGCCCAGGACACCGCCUGGGAUUUCGCCGCUCCGAAGACGUAAUGGACACCAUUUCAGAGGCGUUUUGUGUGGCGAGAGACAAAGACGCUCUUGUUCAGGAGAAUCGACAUGAACUCAGUAAAGCUGCAGCUCUGAGGGCGAUCAUCAGUCAUUACUGCAUGCUGCUGUACUUCAAGCUAUUAACCCACCGUGACUGAAACAUCCUGAACGGCUCCUGCUCUUGUGCCUUUCUGAGGCAUUGCAUUGUACUUGUAUUUUUCAGAAUAUUGCAAAGUUUCUGCUUAUUUUUUUCCAUAUUCAAGCUUUUUAAUUAUCUGACUUAAAAACUUAAAAACACUAAAAGCAACUGUUUUUCUUUCCUUUUUGAUUGCAAUUAAGAGUAAAAGGGGAGUCAGUUUUGUUUUUACCCAGAUAUGUUUUUUCAGGACUGACACCGGCCGCUCAGUUUGUUUUGCACAAAGCAAAUCAAGUCCCACAGCUUCUUCUAUCUUAAUAUUCCUCACCAGUUUGUCGUCCAAUAAAGAACAUACUUCUUUUUCUCUAAAGAUAAAUCUUCAAAGAAAAUCCGAUUAAAGAUUUUUUUCAUAGUGAAAA